UCCAUCCAGAGGAAGAUAGCAGACAUCGCUGGGUCGUGUCCAAACCGGAAAUGAAACUCCUGUCCCUUGUGUGUACUUCCUGGUCCGAUCUUAAUCCUACACACACACGCACACGCACGCACACACAAUUACACCCCUCCUCCUCCGUCCGAGCGACGGAUGUAUCCUUUCGUCUUACUGAUGUUUGCUGACAUCCGUGUUUUGCGUGUAAGCGACGCAACGCCCGUCGGGAAUCCUUUGACGUCCACUUGUGUCAUCUAGAACCAGCAGCCCUUGUGGUUGUGUGUCAGGGGACUGGGAAGUAAACACGCCGGCCUGCGUCCAUGAGAGGCGGCGAGAAGGAAUCGCUACCUCAUCACCAUCACCACCACCACCACCAUCAUCAUCGUCGUCGUUGAUUUUGGAUCGGGUGCCCAUGGCGUCUGUUUCGAAGGUGUCUAUUUUGGAUUACUUUAAUAUUGUGUUUGAGGGCGAAAAUGGAAAAAUCGAAUCCAACUGCAAAGCGUGUGGUACCAGAAUCCAGGCGAAGCGCAGCGUCACGUCCAACUUCGUAACGCAUCUUAAGCGCAAGCAUCAAGCGAUGUAUGAUGACUUUGUGAAAAGGAAAGACAUGAAGAGAGAAGGUUAUUCCUCUGGUCCCAUGCACACUUUGACGGCCAAUGGAGGGAACACUCGCUACACCCUCACCAUGGGUGCCGGACUGGGAGGAAGAGGUGCAGCAGGAGGGAUGGCAACCCUGGACGGAGCAGCGGGAGGAGGAGUGAGCAGGUUCGACAAGCAUGACCCACGUCAGGUGUGUUAUGGUCCAUCAUCACAUGACCUGGAUAGGGUUUUGAUCAGUGAGGCCAUCACUAAGAUGAUCGUUAAUGAUCUGCAGCCAGUUUCCAUGGUGGAAAAUCCUGGCUUCCGAGCACUGCUUCAGCUCCUGGAGCCCCGUUACACCCCAGACCCCCAGCACUACAUCCAGAGCCAGCUCCUCCCAACCUACGCCUACCAGGCCCAGGUGACCAUCCGUCAGGCUUUGGCCUCAGCGCACGCCCUCAGCCUCAGCUUGGAUGUCUGGAGGAUCUCAUCUAGAGCUACGCUAGGUUACCUUGGUGUCACCUGCCACUUUCUGUCAUCGGAGUGGCAGAUGCGGUCAGCUCUCCUGGCUUGUCUUCCUCUGACUGGGGAUCGCGUUCUCUCAGAUUUUGACGAAGUGUGUCACUCUCAUGGUGUGUCUGGAAGAGCCUUUCGUGUGGUUGCAGAUCCACUCCAGGGCACCACCACAGUGAAGCCAUGCUGUCUCCCUGGUUUUUGCCAGGAUGGGGAUGAAGAAGACGAUACAGAAAAUGGUAACAAUGCAAAGGGAGACUUCAGGAAUGGCCAUGGUGGAGAAGAAGCAACAUGGGAGGACUCAUGGGAGCAGGGUCUCGGUGUUUGUCGUGUGGACUGCUUCUCUCAUUCUCUGGGACACUGUGUCAGAGAAGGGUUGCGCUCCUGUCUGCAGCUUCAUUCUGCACUGGCCAAAGCUUGCCACUUCUACAACUACAUCACAACUGUUGUUCCACCAGAGAAACUGAGCCAGGUGUUUGAUGGUCCUGGGAUGAUGUUUGGGGGCCAAGGAAGUGCCUCCCCACCAGUGCGAGACUGGGCGGCUCAGCUUAAGGUGCUGCGACGGCUGUUGGAGUCCGUGGAGAUCUUGGAGGAGAUGAGUGGUCCAGGGGAAAUGGUGCUGGGUGUUUCAGAAAGGGCCCUGCUGAGGGAGCUCACUGACACUUUGGAGCCCUUCAUAGAGGCCUGGGACAUGGUGUCUGGGGAGCGUCAGGCAGACAUAAAUACUCAUAGACAUGUGUCCAUCAGUCUGGCUCUGCCGUGUGUGCUGGGCUUACGCAAACAUCUCUCUGAGUCGUCAACUCCCUGCUGCCCCUCUCUCUUGGCAAGCCUCAGCCAAGCUGCAGAGCGUCAUCUGGCUCCUAUCCUGGAGGACCCCCUCUACAUCACUGCCACCACUCUCGACCCCCAGUUCAAGCUCACAUGGAGCAGCGACCCAGAGUGGCACAGACAAGUUCUUCUAGAAGAAUUAUCUAAACAUUCCACAGACUCAAACACAGAGCGACACCCUCUUUCCCACACAUCUCCAGCACCAGCACCAUCGUCUGUGUCGUCUCUGGCUCGGCCCUGCAAGCUAUUCUCUUUCAUUAAGCAGAGACCCAUGAGCCAGGCCAAGAGCCUGGAGCAAGAGCUAGGCAUCUACCUGCGCGAGGAACCUACGGAUGAAGAGGCUCUUCAUUACUGGCGACGUAAAACAAUUGACUUCCCACUCCUCUCCCAGGUGGCCAAGAGGGCGUUUACCAUACCUGCUUGCGGCACCGCUGUGGAAAGCAUCUUCAGCCAUGCUGAGCACUGUCUGCGGCCCGAGAGAGGCCGUGUCCUACCAAAGAACCUGGAGACACUCAUAUACCUCAAAGCCAACUACAGAUUACUAUGGACAUAGUCUUUCUCUUUCUUGG